GUCAAUAUACACACAGCGAGCGGAGCAGCGCUUUGGGUAUAGUAGAAGGUGUUCAGCAGCGAGAGAAAUCGAGGCAGGCGCAGACACCUUCACACACUGAGCAGAGGUUUUGCGGCGCAGUUUGUGUGGCGGCCGGGACCCGAUCUUUUAAAACCAUGCUGGAUUGACUGCAGAGAGGCAACUACAAUCAAUGGCUUGGCUUUGAAAUCGUUCAAAAUUUAUUGGAAAGGAGUGUGAGAUAGAGCGACAGUGGGAGAGGGCGAGUGAGGGAGAGAAGCGAGGGAGAGAGCGAGAGAGAGUGGCGAGAAGGGGUGGAAAUAAAGAUCCUUUCAACGAUGGAGCUUACAAUGGAAAACAUUGGAAAUCUGCACGGUGUAUCUCACUCCCAUCAAACGAGCGACUUAAUGAACUCCCCACACGCGCGCCAGUCGUCGGCGUCGCAUCGGAACUUGGUGUCGCACGGACGGUCAGCCAUGGUGUCCAGCAUGGCCUCGAUACUGGAGGGAGCAGGGGACUACCGCACAGACCACGCUUUGUCUGGCCCCCUGCAUCCGGCAAUGACCAUGUCGUGCGACUCCGGGAUGAGCCUGAGCAGCACCUACACCACGCUGACGCCGCUGCAGCACCUGCCCCCUAUAUCCACCGUCUCGGAGAAAUUUCACCAUCCACACCCACACGCUCACCAUCAUCCGGCGCACCAGCGGCUGGCGGCUGGGAACGUGAGCGGCAGCUUCACCCUGAUGAGGGACGACCGAAGCCUAGCCUCUAUGAGUAACCUCUACGGCCACUACCCCAAAGACAUGUCCGGGAUGGGGCAGCCCCUGUCCCCUCUGUCAAACGGGCUGGGGUCUUUGCACAGCUCCCAGCAGACUCUCGGCGCCUACGGUCCUGGAGCUCACCUCUCCAAUGACAAGAUGCUAUCCUCGGGAGGCUUCGAGUCCCACGCAGCCAUGCUGUCCCGGGGAGAGGAGCACCUGGCCCGGGGUCUCGGGGGCCACGGCGCCGGGCUCAUGACAUCCUUGAACGGCAUACACCAUCACAGCCAUCCGCACUCUCAGGCAAACGGGUCAAUGCUGUCAGACCGGGACAGGCAGACUGUGGUGGGAGGCGGGCAGGGAGCUGGGUCAGGGCAGGUGGAGGAGAUAAACACCAAGGAGGUGGCACAGCGAAUAACAGCAGAGCUCAAGCGCUACAGCAUCCCGCAGGCCAUCUUUGCUCAGAGGAUCUUGUGCCGGUCCCAGGGAACUCUGUCUGACCUCCUGCGGAACCCUAAACCGUGGAGUAAGCUCAAGUCUGGCCGCGAGACGUUCAGGAGGAUGUGGAAGUGGCUCCAGGAGCCCGAGUUCCAGCGGAUGUCAGCGCUCAGGCUUGCAGCCUGCAAGCGCAAAGAACAGGAGCAACACAAGGACCGCAACACGGCGCCCAAGAAACAACGUCUAGUCUUCACUGACCUGCAGCGGCGCACGCUCAUCGCCAUCUUCAAGGAGAACAAGCGCCCCUCCAAGGAAAUGCAGAUCACCAUCUCCCAGCAGCUCGGCCUGGAGCUCAGCACCGUCAGCAACUUCUUCAUGAAUGCGCGCCGCCGCUGCGUGGACCGCUGGCACGAUGAUCAUGGCACAAGCCCCGGGCAGCCGGGCACUUCUGCCACCACCUUCUCCAAGGCCUGAGAGGAGGGGAGGGCCUUCAGAGGGCUGGGGAACCAGGUUGGAAAGGCGGGCGACGCGGGAAAUUGGCUGUGAAGCCUGUCUAUAACAACCCAUCCUGGCCUGGACCGCCUGAAUGUGUCCUCUGCCCCCGAAAAAUCCUUUGUGCCAUGCAAUCAUCUUUUAUGUCAGUCAGAAUUUCAAGCUCUCACCUGAAACAUAAUCUAAAAGGUGAAUUGUGAAGUCAGGUCCACUCAGCAUUACUCACACAAGGACAAUCAUUGAUUCUGUCUUUUUUGAAAGAAAAUCAUUUUUAUGGCAUCUGACAAAGUAAAGAGACACCAAAGAUUUGACUUUUUUUUUUUGGACGGUAUUUGCAUUGCGCCGGCCUGCUCCUCCAUCAUCCAAGUAGCCACUGAUUCUGCUGUUUUUCUCUCAACUCACCUCCUUUGUGUCUGCCUCCUUACUCUCCCUCACAUCCUCUCUACGCCGGCACACGGAAGCAACAAGGGCGAAAGAACGGCAAUAAAUCUGACAAAAGAACAGCACAUAGCCUUAUUAUCAGAGCCCCGUCCUGCACACACACACACACACACACACACACACACACACACACACACACACACACAAGGCCGUCAUAAAGAAAACAACGCAGCCUAUGAAAAAAACAACAAGGCUUUCCAGUCCUCCGCCUCUACCUCCCCCUCCUCCUGUAGUCUCCUUCAUUCCUCGGCCAAAGGUAUUCCCUGAUGGCCAGCCAUUUCAGAGAGCAGCUCAGCCUGAUCAUACGGCAAACUAAUGAAUUGAAAAAUGAAUCGAUGCAGACAGAAAGAGCGGGGCCUUGACCCCUCCUGAAGGUGAAACUCAAGACGCUCAGCAGUAGAUACUCAGGUCUUCCAGGCCCAGGUCUAUAUUUUUUGCACAGAUGUUGGAGGCCUGCAGGGAGACAUGUCAUUGUUACUCGUAGCCUGAGCCUAUAGAGCCUGUGUUUGUCUGACCAACGGGAGAGGCGGGUGAGAUGUCUGGACAUGCUCUUUGUUCUGCUGGGAGCUUUUUCUCUAAUCAAUAACUGAGAACCGAACGAUGACAACAACACGCUCGGGCAUCCAGCCAACUAUGUUACAGCUGUAUACGAAUAGCAGAAUGUAAGAGGAGCACAUGGAACCCAGUGGAGAUGGGGACACAAAGGCCUCACCACUACUACUACUACUACUACUACAGCAGCAGCAGCAGCAGCAGCAGCACACCUCCACCUCUCUGUCCCCUGGUCACGCCUGUGCUGGCAGAGCAACAGUGCCCCCUGCUGUUUAAAGCAGAGACCUGUAUCCAGCAGAGCAAGGGGGUCCAGGGAGGAGGAGGAGGAGGAGGAGGAGGAGGAGAGGGAGGGAAGAGCCACUAGAUGCUGAGGAGAAGUCAUGGCACAACACAUUCAGGCCCUCGCAGCUCUCUGAAGGCAGAUCAAUAGCUAACCAUUAUCCUAUUGUUGUUCCUCGUCCAACCAGCACCGGCGAAGCUGGAGGAGGGGGGAUGGUUACACUGAACGCUGAAAACGCAGGGAUUUAGCAAAGGCAGGGAUUUAUUUAGGCAAUCCGAAUCCGGGCAAGAAUCAUCCAAGUACUAAAAUUAAAAAUGAGGAGGAGUAGAGGAAAGUACAACAGAGUAAAAUGUAACAGAAAGGCAUACUGAGACAGACACAUCUGAGGUGCAGCGGAGGUUUUCAUUUAAUUUCGGGAGGCUUCACAUCUGUCGAAUCUUAUUUCCAUUCAUUCAUUUUGUCUGUUUGCAAAAGAAAAAAGGAAGAAAAAAAAAAAGCUUUCAGAUGUGAUUGGAAGCAGAUCUCCUGGUUAUUCCCACACAAGGGUCAUCAGUAGCUAACCCAAAGCUAACCACCACACUCAGCUGUUGAAACGCUACAACGAUUAGUGCCAAUGCUUACUGCCUUAAUGCGAGUCAGAGAAUAUGGUACUAGGGUCAACACACAGCUACAGUGCGCCCCACUGAUGGCGGGCGGUGUGUGCCAUAGCAACCAACAAUCAGCUUUUAACUGAAUUAAAAUAUACUUUUUUAGUAAAAGAAAGAAAAAAAGAAUCAGAUUUUAAGGCGUACAAUAACCAAACCUCAAACGACAACAACGCAGUGUGUGUUACAAGUACAAGCGAUCUCCAACACAUGACUGGACACAUUUUGAAGCAGAAGAAAACUCACAUUCUAUCUUUGGUUCUCUACCUCCUCUGUCCCUCUAACCCCAUUGCCCCACCCCUCCCCUCCCCUCCCCUCUCUCUCUUCCCCUCUAUAUUGAUGCGGGUAUUUAAUUAGUACCAUAGACACAAAGUUUCUAUUUCUUGUUACUAUUGUGCUCUGUUGUGCAUAAGUAAGGCACCUUGUUGAUAAAUCAAAAACAAAAAAAGGAAGGACUUUUUAAAAGGAGAAAAAAGGAGGGAUGCAAGGACUGAGGCCAAUGAUGGAUGUUUUUUUUUUGUUGUUGAUUUUUUUUGCAUUCUGUGUGAAUAUAGACUUGGAGGAGACAUUUACAGCGAGAAAGAGGAAAAAAAAGAGAAAAACAGGGAGCUGCUGAAGAGGAGGAUGGACGGCGGACGCUUUCUCUCUUUUGGCAUUUCAUGUCAGAACUGUGCUACUCUCAGCCCCCUUUAAGCCUCAAGAACGGGGCGAAACGGAAGGGGGACAAAACACGACCUCCAAACGUCCCGGCUGACUCAGUGUGUUUUACCGGAGGGUGGGUCUGGGCGGGGGGGCGUUCAAGCUCGGGGCUCAAUAGUUAUCUGUAUGGUCUUAAGAUGCAACUGUAGCAUUUCCAACAAUGUAGUCAGAUUAGCGGUGCAGAUUAGACGAGAGAUGGUCCUUGUCGAGCUGGGAGGUACUGGCUAACUUCACGUCGCUGUAAGCAGUGAGUUAACGUCGCCAAAGGAAGAUGAGCUUAAAUUGACUUGUGGUAUACAGUUCAGCGAGCAUAGGUAAAUAGCUAGAUACAGCUCUAGGUAUUAAACUGACAAAAUGACAUUUGUUUGUAGUGAGAACCAAUGUGGCUACCUCACUAAGCUGAGUGGUUUGUGAAACCGCCACCAAUACCAAAGAUACUGCAGCCUACCAGUCACAAACUGCCUAGGGGGACACACAAACCAAAAACAAGAGCCCCCUCCCUCCCUCUUUGCCCAGACAUUUACAGACAGACACACACGGACUACACGUACAUUCACACUAACAGCGCAGUCGGACUGCAUCGUGCCACAAUCGGAGGAGGUGGCUGCCUUGCAGACAGAGUUGAGUGCCUUUUCCCUUCAACCACGGGUGGGACUGCACUGGACACACACACACAGACACACACAAAGACACAAGCAGCCAUGCAGACACAUGCAUAUAGCAGCACACACAUUUCCUAACAUGCACUCACACAGACAAUGCACCCAUAAUUGGAUGGACAGGAAGGGGGGGCCAAAGAGAGGGACACAGAGUGGGGGCUGUGUCAGCAUUUUCUCCCAUAUUGACUUUCCAUCUUGAUACACUAGAAUACAAGCACUUUAUCAUGUAGAAAGUCUAUAAAACAUUUUCUAUACACUAUUUAUUUGAAACAAAAUUAUAUGUUGCUCCUUAAUCUGUCAGAGUCUUUGUUACUGUAUCGUCGAUCUUCUACUAGCUCUCAGCCUUUCGUGUUUUUCUUUUCGCUCUCCGCCCGGUGUGCUUACACUCCCAGCCGCUUUACCCUCCUCUCAUCAGAGAUAUUUUUGUGUAACAGAGAAAGAGGGGGGUAAAAAAAAAAGUAAAAAAAAAAAGGCUGUGAAUCUAAGCACUUAGAGGGCUUUAGAUGUAAAACCUGACCACUAAAUGUCUCUCUCUUUCUCUGUCCACUGCGUGCAAGCACAGAGGCUGCACUGGGAAAGUGUGGACGACUCACUGACAGUUUAGAAACACAAACUCUCUCCUCCCUCCACCUCGUCUGUCCAGUCAACCUUUCCCCCUGGCUAGUGCUAAGACUUGGUAGGCGUGUGUUGACAAUUAAUUCUGAAAUACCUCAAAAACCUUUCAUGUAAACUUUAUGUAAUUUAAACUGAAAAUAAUACUGCUAAUGAUAACAAUGAUUAUGAAACUAUGAUACUAUGAUAGUUAGUUUUGGAACUUGUGACUUGAAGCUUUAUACUGUUAAAUUCCUUUUAUUUGUUUGCUUAUUUUUCUCGUACGUUCUCCUGUUUGUUUUUGCUACGGCAUGUACUUAACUGUUUUCAUAAAGGAAAAGACAUUGUGAAUGUUUCUGUGGAGGGUUACACGAGAAAAGAAGAGACGAGAAGGCUAUUACACAGAGAGAGGGGCGUGAGCUAAUUCACCGUAGACGGUUAGCUCGAAGCUCUCUCACACGCGGGUACAUUCAAAGAGGGGGGGAAAAAAAUAUAGAGAAACAAAAAAAUGAAAGAAAUGAUGAAAAUAUGAUUUGGGCUGAAUUAUAAACCAAAAAUUUGAUGUUAAACCAAAGGAGGAAUAACCUUAUAUUCAUUGUUAGCUUUCUUCUGCCUUUAAGUUGUCUUUUCUCUGAAAAAACAAAAAACAAAAAAAAACAAAAAAAAAGUUUCACAGUUACUUUUGAAGGUUCCUGGGUGUGUUCAAGUGCUCCUGAUGUUCUUAGAAUAUUAAAGACCAGCACCUCCUGUUGAGAAGAAGGUGCGCUUUUUUCUUUUGUGCAUGGAUAUUGUAUAACUGUAUAGAAACCAACAGGAAUGACCUGUGAUUUUGUGGGGAGAGGAGGAAGAUGGAAAGACUCGGGAGUGGGUGGAGGAGGGAUGGGGAUUAUUUUGGUUAUCAAAAUAAACAAAAAAAAAGGGUGGGAGGAUUUGGGUCGUAGGCAUUGGAGGGGUCCUUGUUUUUAGAAUUUCCGUCACUGUUGGAUUCACUGGUUGUGUGCAUGUGUUGUUGCAACCCUUCCCCUUUCCCCAUGUUUCUUUGAUGUAUAUAAAUCCAGACAGUAGGGGGCAGUGUGUGCUGGGGGAGGUCAAACUCCUCUCCUCCCAAUCAAUAGCAUUCAAUCUUCAUUCCUCAGCUUGUGGUCCUCGCUCGGGUCCUGAAAGGUGUGUCUUGCUUUUCCAAAGACGGGCUGUUUACUUGGAGUUAAUCAGAGGGACACACGCAGGCCUGAGCGGCUUUGAAUAUACCUGUAUGUCUGUCUACAUGCUUUUCUUCAAUCUGUGUAUAUGUGUUCAUUUGUACCUAUGUGGAAGACAAAGUGUUUUCUAUUUUACGUUCCUUUACUAUGGGUUGCAAUAUUUGUCAUGCAAAAAAAUCUGAAACCAUUUGUUACUGACCAACCAACCGCAGUACCACGCGGCAGCCGGUCGUCCAGCCCCGAGAUGCCGUCAGCAUUUGCUGUCAAACAGCAUAUGCGUGUGUCGUUUCCCCGCGGGGUGGAACAGGCUGCCGGUGGGACUGAAGUGGACACCCCCAGUCACACUGUGCUCUCCCUCUUCUGUUACCUGUUAAUCAAUCAGAACCAAGUGUCUUUGUGAUGGUAGAAGACAAUCAGUUUCAAAACAAGAAAAAAGGUAGAGAGAGGGCAGGCCAGUGGGGAGGAGGAAGGGGAGGACGGAAGAACAAAAAAUCGCGGGAAAAGAGGCUCUCUGAAUCGCUGACGAGCUGUAGUGCCCGACUGCCAAACCGCCGCCACCCCUCACUCAUCUUCCACCGCCACCUCAGGCUCGAGCUCGACGCCAUACACCCAUUAGGCAUUUGAAAUCCACACCUCCAUCCUCCGUCACUCCGCUUCUUUUCCUCUUGCCUCCCAGUAGUGUGUGGCAGGAGUACACAAAAAAAAAAAGAAAAAAAAAAAGUGGUGCAAAGUCCAUGAUUCCCAUCACCUGCCAAGAUUUCCUGCUAAUCUAAUGAUGAUGUAACCAGCCGCGAGGAAUAAAAAAUGGCUCCGGUUGGUGGCUUUUGCACAGAGAACUAUGCAAACACCUGACCCCCCCAAUCUUAAUCGUUGCUGCUGGGUCAGAGUGUAUAACCCUCAACCCCUUUCCCCUCCCCUCCCUUCCCCUCCCCUCCCCUCAGCAUUUAAACGUGCCCGCUCCCACUUUGACCUCCAUGAUCUCGUCUCCCCCGACCACUGACCCACUCAUCUCACGAGCCCAGCGUGGGCGGAGCAACCCCAGUCACUCGAGGUACGCUAGGGAGUGGCUGGGGAGAGAGGAGCACUACAGCGCCCCGUGUUUCACCAGACUGAUGUCAUCUAGCUUUACACGAAUGCCCCAAACUGCCACUGACAUCCAAAUGGAGUCCAUGUUGAUGCUUGCAAGCUGAUCCUCCCCGCUCAUGGCUCCAUUGCGCUACAAUGUUUGACUGUCUUUGUCCCCAGCGCCAAGGAAGGGCCACAAUCAAUGCAAAGACACUUACAUUGUACUUACUUGAGUUUACAAAGUCGUCUGGAGAUGGUGGCUUAUAUUGCACUCUAACAGACAGACAGACACACAAACAGACACAGGCACAUGCUGGAGAGGGUGAGUCUGCCUUUUGAGAGUGUUUGCUGAAACCAAAGAUGAAAUCAGAGGUACGACAAUCUGGCUGCCAAACCUAGAAGACAAUGUUCAGCUCUCCGGGCUGCUCUACGGGUCCCGUGAUUCACCGGCCGUGUGGACAUUCCACAUAUUGCACUUAAACACACACACACACACACAAACACACACACACACACGUACAUUCACACACCCUGGUGUAAACCUUUCACAAACACACACAAACACCUCCACCAACACAGAAACGAGGGAUCAAACCCGCUCACGUCUGAUCAGAAAGCCUCUUUUCCCUCCUCCCACUGCAGAAGCCGGAGAGCCUGUGGAGGACUUUUUGUUUCACUCUAGUUGAGACUUUUGAGAAGGAAAAAAAUCUGAGUAAUAACUGUUACAGAAAAAUAAAAACUUAAAAGGAUAAUAUGGGUAAAUUGCGUGUUUUGAAAUAAAUUAACAAAUAAAACGAUUGUAAAACAAA